AUGGUAGUCUUGGUAAGGCGCACCUGGAUAAUUUUGCUCGAAAUACUUUCUGGCUUUGGUAAAGUGGUAACUCUGCUUGUUAUGAAGGCAAAUUCACGUGUGCGGACCAGCUGCGCCUGUGUGUCUGUCUGUCUGUGUGUCUGUCUGCCUGUCUGCCUGCCUGCCUGUCUGUCUGUCUGUCUCUGCCUGUGUGCCUGUGUUGGCCUCUGUGUGUGUGCGGGCGGAGCCUGGGCACGUGAACCUUCAAAGAUGGAAAAAUUUGAGCUGCCGCCGAUUCAGCUGCAUCAGCGAAUGUUCAUGCAGGCGAUGAUCAGCCACAAGUUCCUGGCUGCAGAGGAUGCAAAGAUUCUUCACGAGCGAUGCUGCAAGGCUGCGCGCGUCGAGGAGAGCUUUGAAACAACGUGCGGUGUUGUUCGGAAAGCUCUCAAGGUCCUCGACCUGGACCUCGCCGAUCGGGCCCUCGAUGACACGGGCGUUGUCGUCUACGCCAUUGCACAUUCCAAAGAAGACGAUCAAGUGCCGUUGCAUGGCUCAUCAUGCUUGUGCGUCUUGCAGGUCAAUGUUGUGGAAGAUGAACAGAGCAAGCUGGGCACACACUAUGACAAGCCAACCAUUCAGUUUCUUAACGCAGUGCUCGAGGAAAUGCUGUCCUCGGUCGAGGGGGCCAUCAGCCACUCCGCCGCCCUCGAGAGCAUCACGUCGAUGAAGGAUCGCAACCUGACCCAUGGCGAAGGCGAUCGUUGCCUCAAGAGAUUCAUCGCCGACGGAUGGCUGACCUUUGUGAGAGAGCUCGAGGCUUACACACUGGGGCCCCGAGGUCAACUGGAACUACUGCCCAUGCUACAACGGCGAUUUGAGGAUCGCAUUCAGCCAUGCUUCAUCUGCAAGCACUUUAUUGCCUUUGGUCAAAACUGCGGCAAUGAGGAAUGUGACUGUCGCGUGCAUGUGUAUUGUUUGUGCAAAUACGCCAACAGUGUUGCCGUCGAUGGAUCAAGCGGAGUUUUAGGGACGCUCAUCCCCCGAACGCACUUCAACACCAGCAGUGAGGUCAAGUGUCCCUCUUGCUCCGAAGCCUGGCCCCACGAUCUCGAGCCCUUGAUGCGCCACAAGGAGCAAACAAACUACCGCAUUGAGUGGCCUCCAAUGGUCGAGCCCGAGGCACUCGAUGAGGUGGCCGAGGAUGCAGCCUCUGCUGCCGCCACCGAUGCCGGUGCUGCCCACAGCUCGCCUGGGGCAAAGCGCACAGCCGCAGAGACCACCGUCGAGAGCAAUGAAGAUCAAGGCAACCUUGCACGGCGAUGUCAACUUUUGGAUUGUGGCAUCGUCUGUUAA